UGGUAGGGUUGACGAGUGGACGCGGGGCAAGCAUGGGUUGCAGACACAGCAAGGUGUGUGGCGGAAUUUGCAAGAAAAAUGUAUUUAUUCAUAUUUGUUGUGAAAUCAUCUAGGAAGUUAAUUAGCGAACCGAGUGGAGUUUUGUUAUUGUAGCUGCCAUUGUCGCACCGAUUCCUGGCACAGCACAGGCGUGUUGAUCACUUUUUAAAUCGAUCAAACAAAACUGUUUGUUAGGGUUAUAGCCUCAUUUCCCACGUGCAUUAAUCUCGUGGAUUUUACAACCGAGAUUACACGUUCAUUAACGUCAGUGCUUUGCAACGGGUGAUGUAGGCUAUCAGUGAAUUUGUGCAACGUUUUCUAAAUUUUGAUUGGAAACAGAUGUGCUGCAAAUAACUUCAGAAAUGUAGUCUAUCCUCAGAUACUGACUUUUUCCCACGAGUUUGAAACCUACUUGUCAAAUGUAGCGGUGCAGGGAAUUAAUCUGAUGUAAAUCUUCCGCAUUAAUUAUAAGAAGUUGCAGGUUGGCCAGACAUUGACAGUCACUGCUGAUACAAUGACACAGAAGGUUGAGAUCAUUGAUACAAUGGAUCAUCAUCACCAGUAGAUUAUACACUGUAUUCAUUGAUUGACACCCUAUAGCCUACGUAGUCAGUGAAUUACAUCUGUCAAAGUUUCUACUUUCUGAUCAUAUGAGUUGUUGGGUUUUUCUACAUGGUUCACAAAAUCAGUUCAUGUUUUCUGUGACAACUACCGAUAACUACAAACUGCUGCACUGUUUGUGAUAGAACGGAAGUGACUUGAGGAUAUGAAAAUUGUAAUAUUACAUAUGCAGCUAAAUGUAUUUUUUUAGGCUACAGUUAAUUAGAUGUACUAGUACUGCCUCUUUGACAUUUACAACCAGUGGCACAGGCUUAUAUUACAUCCAGAAAUUAUACCCCAGAUAUGGAUUAUCCAAACAUUUUACCCCAGAUUGUACCACUUCUAUGAGGCAUAGAGGAGAGAGACUACAUGGAUAAAUCGUUAAGUUGAAGGGGAUAUCAUUUCACUUAUCUGUCAAACAGACACAUUGAGACCACUUACACAGUUAAAAGCAGGGUGAAUUCUUUGAUUGAUUAGCCAAUAUUCUCUUAGUGGAUUCCUUCAUGUAUCAAUGGGACCAGGUGGUGCUUGAUAUUAACACUCCCAACUCUCCUUGAGAUGGAAAAUUAAUUUUAUUCUACACAAAGUAAGUAAGCACUUAGAGGUACUGCAAACCAAGCCGCUGGCAAGCUGCAUAGCAGCUUCUGCAUAGCAGAUCACAAAACCAUCUGUUUGCCUGGUUGGCGCAGGCAACUGGAGAAGUGUGAAGGUCUGCUAGAGAGGGCUCGACAAGAGAAGCCUGGAGAGACACACUAUGGCUCCAUAUGGACCAUGAUGAAAAUACCACAUGAAGAACCUCGGUGUUAAUGAAAUCUCAAGGAACAUUUGUUUCUCCGCUUGAAAGACUUAAUCACAGUCCAAAUUAAAUGUCCCUUAACUAAGUCUGAAUGUUCUUUGCUGUGUUGAAGAUGUGGUUUUAUUUUUCUGAAUUUCCUUUUGAUUGGCGAGGUUUGUUUUUCUAGUUCUAUCAACCUAGGGUACAUUUCUGUGUCUUCUAUGCUUGCACCUUUGACAGGCCACUUCUUUAUUCUACAAGAAAAUGUGACAUUUUGCGCUCUUCUUGGAAAGUUUCUUUCAACUCUUGUGAGAGCAUACCUGGACUAGAUAUUUCUCAAAGUCACAAAACAUUCAAUCUUAACCUUGUACUCUAGGGCCAGGAGGAACUUGUAACCAUUAGGAGUCCGGUGUAGGCUACAUUCUGCCAUAGGGCUAGGAUGUUCCCUGUGAGUUUAGUCAGUGAAGACAUACCUCCACGUUGCAGUUUCUCCUAUGUUUAAAAGGACUGUGGAGACUGGCCCUCUGUCACAAAUGGCACCCUAUUCCCUCUGUAGUGCACUACUUUGGGCCCUGGCCUAUGGCCCCUGUUCAAAAGCAGUGCACUAUAUAGGGAAUAGGGUGCCAUUUGGGACGUGUUCCCAGAGAAGGAAGAGAAGAUGUGAUUUAUGGCCGUGUUAAAGAGAGCCUUUCCAACCCCUCUUCAACAUAUGCUCCUGGACUUGUGUAUUUAAGAUCCUUUACUGAGAUUUAAAGCAGGUCUUUAAACACAUGUCCAUCACAUCAUGCUGUAAUGGUCUCGACAUUGUAUUCCUGGAGUCACUUGUGUUAUUGGAAUAUUAGGUAUUAUGAUAUUGGAAUAUUAGAUAUUGUCUUAUUGGAAUAUUAGAUGUAACUUAUUGGAAUAUUAGAUAUUGUCUUAUUGGAAUAUUAGAUAUGAUGGUAUUUAUUGGGGCUGCGUCCUAUAUGACACUCUUCCCUUUGUCGUGAGCUCCUGUGAGACCAGGGUCCAUGGGACUCUGGUCAAAAGUAGUGUACUAUAUAGGGAAUAGGGUGCCGUUUGGGACACGCCCUGUUUUCCAGGCACAAAUGAAGCUGGUACGCCAUGUUGUUUGGCGUGUUUAUACAGCGGUAGUGGUGGUGGGAGAACGUUGUGUUAUGGCAGGAGGUCGCAUGGUGGCAGGUAGCAUAGCGGUCAGAACGUUGUUAUGGCAGGAGGUCAGGAGGUGGCUGGUCUCUAUGGACGGCCAAACUGCAUGGUGGCAGGAAGCCUAGCGGUCAGAACGUUGUGUUAUGGCAGGAGGUGGCUGGUCUCCACGGACGGCCAUACUGCAUGGUGGCAGGUAGCCUAGCGGUCAGAACGUUGGGACAGUAACCGAAAAGUCGCUGGUUUGAAAAUCGGAGACGUCAAAGUGACAAUUAUUUCUGUGCCUUCAACUCUAAUGUGCUCCAGGGGCGCCGUACUACUAUGGCUGACCCUGUAGAACAACACAUUACACUGCACCUAUCAUACUACUAUGGCUGACCCUGUAAAACAACACAUUACACUGGACCUAUCAUACUACUAUGGCUGACCCUGUAGAACAACACAUUACACUGCACCUAUCAUACUACUAUGGCUGACCCUGUAGAACAACACAUUACACUGCACCUAUCAUACUACUAUGGCUGACCCUGUAGAACAACACAUUACACUGCACCUAUCAUACUACUAUGGCUGACCCUGUAGAACAACACAUUACACUGGACCUAUCAUACUACUAUGGCUGACCCUGUAAAACAACACAUUACACUGCACCUAUCAUACUACUAUGGCUGACCCUGUAGAACAACACAUUACACUGGACCUAUCAUACUACUAUGGCUGACCCUGUAAAACAACACAUUACACUGCACCUAUCAUACUACUAUGGCUGACCCUGUAGAACAACACAUUACACUGCACCUAUCAUACUACUAUGGCUGACCCUGUAGAACAACACAUUACACUGCACCUAUCAUACUACUAUGGCUGACCCUGUAAAACAACACAUUACACUGGACCUAUCAUACUACUAUGGCUGACCCUGUAGAACAACACAUUACACUGCACCUAUCAUACUACUAUGACUGACCCUGUAGAACAACACAUUACACUGCACCUAUCAUACUACUAUGGCUGACCCUGUAGAACAACACAUUACACUGCACCUAUCAUACUACUAUGGCUGACCCUGUAGAACAACACAUUACACUGCACCUAUCAUACUACUAUGGCUGACCCUGUAGAACAACACAUUACACUGCACCUAUCAUACUACUAUGGCUGACCCUGUAAAACAACACAUUACACUGCACCUAUCAUACUACUAUGGCUGACCCUGUAAAACAACACAUUACACUGCACCUAUCAUACUACUAUGACUGACCCUGUAAAACAACACAUUACACUGCACCUAUCAUACUACUAUGGCUGACCCUGUAGAACAACACAUUACACUGCACCUAUCAUACUACUAUGGCUGACCCUGUAAAACAACACAUUACACUGCACCUAUCAUACUACUAUGGCUGACCCUGUAAAACAACACAUUACACUGCACCUAUCAUACUACUAUGACUGACCCUGUAAAACAACACAUUACACUGGACCUAUCAUACUACUAUGGCUGACCCUGUAAAACAACACAUUACACUGCACCUAUCAUACUACUAUGGCUAACCCUGUAAAACAACACAUUACACUGCACCUAUCAUACUACUAUGACUGACCCUGUAAAACAACACAUUACACUGGACCUAUCAUACUACUAUGGCUGACCCUGUAAAACAACACAUUACACUGCACCUAUCAUACUACUAUUGCUGACCCAGUAAAACAACACAUUACACUGGACCUAUCAUACUACUAUGGCUGACCCUGUAAAACAACACAUUUCACUCCACCUAUCUGGUGUUUGUGGCAAUACAACUUUAUUUGUAUUUUUUUACAGUCUACACAGUGAGGACUCAAUGUAAAGUUGUGUGAUCUGGACUCCCUAGUAAUGUCAGGAACCUUGAUCUUGUUUGACAGUUUAGGAAUAGGUUGGUAUAGAGUAGUGACCUAUGCUGCAAACAGGUUUUUUGUUUCAAGCUUGGCUAAUAUUUGGUAAUGGGCAAUUCCAUGGAAACUCAGUUUUUUCACUUUAAAAUGUAUGCCAAUCGAAAAACAUUGAUUUCAGAGUUUAACAAACAAUACAACUCUAUGCACAAUGACUACUUUGAACAAUUUACACAGUAAAAAAAAUAAAACGUUUACUGGAAAAACAGAUGCAAAGUUUGGUAACAGAAUUUUCGGUAAAAUCUCCCUCAGUUUUAUUGUUACCAAAUGUUGUAUCUGCACAGUUCUUCCUGUAAAUGUGUUUUUGUAAAAAUUUUCCAUGUAAAAAGUGGUCCUUGUGCAUAGAGUUCCAUGAUGGUUUGUUAAACUUUGAAAUCAAUGUUUUGCUUUUUUGGUAUGCAUUUUAAAUACAAAACAAAAUCAGAGUCUCAGCAUCAUUCCGUUACCAUUGAAUUGCCCUAUUACAAAAUCUGUUAUGAUUGACCUCACAGUAACUCCUUAGUGUAGUGGUUAGUCUCACCUAAUAUAGGUUAUUCUACAACAACGUAAUGUAUCUAAUGCAGAAAUGUUUAUUAAGACUCCAUAAGUACUGGUAUGAUCAGUUUGAAGUAAAUCACCAGUGUAUCCCAUUGUACAAAUAGUAUGAAGACCAGGUCAGCUGUUGAAUCCUAACCCUGUAGCAUGGACACGUUAUGUAACUUUGAACAAAUGAAUUAUUCAUUUCCAGUCAGGUGCGUACUAAUCACUCCCUAUGAGAGAGUAAAAUGGGUCAAGCACCCAUCAGACGCUUUACAUAAGCUCCUACCCUGCUUCAGUUUACUAAGAACAAGUUCUGGUUUCCCUGGUGACUUCAAAACGUCUAAAAUAGUGUUUAGGUAUUCUUAGUGCUUUUUAGUAAAUCUGUAAUAUGUUGAGAGAUUGUCAUAAUGUGUUCCCCACAUCAGACGACACACUUUUCUCAUUGUAGAGGAAAAACUAAGAGAGAGAACGGUUUUUAGGUCAUGUUAGUAAUCUCAUCUACUUUACCCAGACAUUUUUAAUAUCGUGUGAACUAGACCAGAGUUGAUCAAUGACAACAUUCUCUUUUCUCUUGUCUUUUUUAGAGGAAAAACAAAGCGAAAGUGGUGGAGAAAACGGUGGAGGAGCUCAACAACCAUCAAGAUGGUGGAGGUGAGUGGUGUGGUUUCCUGUUGUGUUGUAGACAGACAGAAAACGGUGGAGGAGCUCAACAACCAUCAAGAUGGAGGAGGUGAGUGGUGUGGUUUCCUGUUGUGUUGUAGACAGACAGAAAACGGUGGAGGAGCUCAACAAGAUGGAGGAGGUGAGUGGUGUGGUUUCCUGUUGUGUUGUAGACAGACACUGUGACACCCUCUCCUACUGCUUGUCAGAUUGUCUUUACUACAUCUCUGAUUGAGAGGGUUUUACACAUCACACUGCCUCUUUUCACUCAUUAUAAAAUCAUAAAAGCUAGGCGCCCAUACUAACAUGUAUCCUCUUUACAAUUAGGCUCGCUAAUAACCAGUACAUCAUAUAUUUGCUCCUGUAUAGCUCAGUCGGCUUGCAACUCCAGGAUUGUGGGUUCGAUUCCCGGGUCCACCCAUAUGUAACAAUGUAUGCGGGCGUGACUUGUAAGUUGCUUAGGAUAAAAGCGUCUGCUAAAUGGCAUAAAAUAACUGAAUGUUUUAAAUGACACAGACUUUGUCAUGAUCCCGAGGUGGGUUGAAAUGAUGUCACUACACCCAGAAACUGGUUGGAAUUACUGAUUUUUAAAGUGACAUCAUAAUGGCCUAAUUUCAACCAGUCAGUUUUUGGAUGCUGAGAUGGCCCUGGUAAACACUGAUGUGUCAACACUGUGCUGUCUGCAUUAGAAUACUCAACAGGUACUGGCUUGUGUUCUCUGUUGCCAUGUAAUUAUGGGUCUCUCAGGGGUCAUGCCUUCAACAACCGCCUGAGUGAACAAGACUGUGUUAGCCUAGCCUGCUGAGCUAAAAACCUAGGCAUUAGCUAGGGGAGCUAGCACAAAUUCUCCAUGUCUCAGGAAGGUCAAUCAUCACUCGGGAACUUGGUUCACCAAACUUCUCCAUUACAUGAGUUCCUCAGAAGUUGGACCGGAGCUUUUUUCCCCCAGACACAUAUCAGAGUAGCUGUGAGUAUUUAUAGAGUUAGUAUUUUGUACUGGUGUUGUAGUGAGUCUAGUCAGCCCAGUAAAUGUUGCAGUCAGGUCUGGUUUGGUUCAAACCCUCUGCCCACUGUGCAACAUACUGUACAAGAUAGAAAUGUUGUGAAUAGAGCUGACAUGAUUUCUUAUCCUACAUGUCUACAUAAUAGAUUUCUAUCUGAGCAUUCCAGCAAAGUUUUUGCCUUGAUAACCACAGCCCUGGGUCGUAUUCAGCGCACAUUGUAACGUAGCAAAUGUAGGAUUUUGCCAUGUAAAACAAGCAUUUGUUAUUGGACAAGUCCCUCCCUGUUUCUGUUUUCUUCUGUUUGUUACCUACUGAGUACAACCCUGUUAUCCCCUCCUCCAGGUAAAGUCCCUCUGGAGGAGCUGAACGUGGGUCUAGAAACAGAGAAGCAGCCGGGUCAGUAUGCGUGGCAGCUGAAGAUCCUACGGGAGGUGCUGUCUGCCUCUGGGACCCAGGAGAGGGAGGAGCUACUAAAAGAGGCAACCCAAGGAGAGCUCUGUUCCCUGGUCCACAACAUCACUGAGAAGGUAGCUAACCCCAUAGAGAGCUCUGUUCCCUGGUCCACAACAUCACUGAGAAGGUAGUUAACCCCAUAGAGAGCUCUGUGCCCUGGUCCACAACAUCACUGAGAAGGUAGUUAACCCCAUAGAGAGCUCUGUUCCCUGGUCCACAACAUCACUGAGAAGGUAGUUAACCCCAUAGAGAGCUCUGUUCCCUGGUCCACAACAUCACUGAGAAGGUAGUUAACCCCAUAGAGAGCUCUGUGCCCUGGUCCACAACAUCACUGAGAAUGUAGUUAACCCCAUAGAGAGCUCUGUGCCCUGGUCCACAACAUCACUGAGAAGGUAGUUAACCCCAUAGAGAGUUCUGUUCCCUGGUCCACAACAUCACUGAGAAGGUAGUUAACCCCAUAGAGAGCUCUGUGCCCUGGUCCACAACAUCACUGAGAAGGUAGUUAACCCCCAUAGAGAGCUCUGUGCCCUGGUCCACAACAUCACUGAGAAGGUAGUUAACCCCAUAGAGAGCUCUGUGCCCUGGUCCACAACAUCACUGAGAAGGUAGUUAACCCCAUAGAGAGCUCUGUGCCCUGGUCCACAACAUCACUGAGAAGGUAGUUAACCCCAUAGAGAGCUCUGUGCCCUGGUCCACAACAUCACUGAGAAGGUAGUUAACCCCAUAGAGAGCUCUGUUCCCUGGUCCACAACAUCACUGAGAAGGUAGUUAACCCCAUAGAGAGCUCUGUUCCCUGGUCCACAACAUCACUGAGAAGGUAGUUAACCCCAUAGAGAGCUCUGUUCCCUGGUCCAUAACAUCACUGAGAAGCUACAGUGUCUUCGGAAAGUAUUCAGACCCCUUGAAAAAUAAAUUACGUUACAGCCUUAUUCUAAAAUUCAUUAAAUAAAUGUCAAAUCCUCAGCAAUCUACACACAAUACCCCAUAAUGACAAAGCGAACACAGGUUUGUAGAAAACAGAUACCUUAUUUACAGAAGUAUUCAUACCCUUUGCUGUGAGACGUGAAAUUGAUGUCAGGUGCAUCCUGUUUCCAUCGAUCAUCCUUGAGAUGUUUCUACAACUUGAUUGGAGUCCACCUGUGGUAAAUUCAAUUGAUUGGACAGAUUUGGAAAGACACACCUGUCUAUAUAAGGUCCCACAGUUGACAGUUUAUGUCAGAGCAAAAACCAAGCCAUGAGGUCGAAGGAAUUGUCCGUAGAGCUCCGAGACAAGAUUGUAUCGAGGCAUAGAUCUGGGGAAGGGAACCAAAAAAUGUCUGCAGCAUUGAAGGUCCCCAAGAACACGGUGGCCUCCAUCAUUCUUAAAUGGAAGAAGUUCGGAACCACCAAGACUCUUCCUAGAGCUGGCCGCCCGGCCAAACUGAGCAAUCGGUGGAGAAGGGCCUUGGUCAGGGAGGUGACCAAGAACCCGAUGGUCACUCUGACAGACCUCCAGAGUUCCUCUGUGGGGAUAGGAGAACCUUCCAGAAGGACAACCAUCUCUGCAGCACUCCACUAAUCAGGCCUUUAUGGUAGUGGCCAGACGGAAGCCACUCCUCAGUAAAAGGCACAUGACAGCCCGCUUGGAGUUUGCCAAAAGGCACCUAAAGACUCUCAGACCAUGAGAAACAAGAUUCUCUGGUCUGAUGAAACCAAGAUUGAACUCUUUGGCCUGAAUGCCAAGCGUCACGUCUGGAGGAAACCUGGCACCAUCCCUACGGUGAAGCAUGGUGGUGGCAGCAUCAUGCUGUGGGGAUGUUUUUCAGUGACAGGGACUAGGAGACUAGUCAGGAUCGAGGCAAAGAUGAAGUACAGAGAUAUCCUUGAUGAAAACCUGCAUUUAUUUUCAACUUUCAUUCAGAACCAAAAAUGUGCCAGAUUUCAGCAUCGGGAAAAUACGUAUUUUCAACAUCUGGAAAAUAAGUAUUUUCAACCCGAUUUCAACGUCCAGAAAAUAAUACUUUUUCAACGUCCGGAAAAUACACCUUUUCAACGUCCUGAAAAAUAUGUAUUUAAAAUGUACAGAAAAUAUGUAUUUUCACCUUUCAUUCAGAACCUAAAUUGAACCUAACUUCAACGUCUGGAAAAUAAUUUUUUUACCUGUCUUUUCAACGUAAUUUUGAUUACUGGGACUAUUCUAGUUGUGGCAUUUGGUCUUGCCUAGGGCGGCAGAAGGUAGGUAGUAACUGCUAGCCCACUUCCCUAACCCCAACCCCUCACCCUAGCCCUAACCCUCAGCUCACUAGUGUUUCCCAAACCUCUUUUCCAAGUAACCCCAGCUGGAGUUUUACCUCCAGCCCUUCAUAUACCCUUUACCAUAUACUAUAUACCUAUGCCCUUUACCAUAUACUAUAUACCUAUACCCUUUACCAUAUACUAUAUACCUAUACCCCUUUACCAAUACUAUAACCUAUGCCUACUAUAAUAUAACUAUACUUUACCAUAUACUAUACCUAUGCCAUACCUAUUACCAUAUACUAUAUACCUAUGCCCUGUACCAUUUACGUUCACCAUAUACCCUUUACCAUAUACUAUAUACCUAUACCCUUUACCAUAUACUAUAUACCUGUACCCUUUACCAUAUACUAUAUACCUGUACCCUUUACCAUAUACUAUAUACCUGUACCCUUUACCAUAUACUAUAUACCUGUACCCUUUACCAUAUACUAUAUACCUGUACCCUUUACCAUAUACUAUAUACCUGUACCCUUUACCAUAUACUAUAUACCUAUACCCUUUACCAUAUACUAUAUACCUGUACCCUUUACCAUAUACCUAUGCCCUGUACCAUUUACGUUCACCAUAUACCCUUUACCAUAUACUAUAUACCUGUACCAUUUAGACUGAACAAAAAUGCAACAAUUUCUAAGAUUUUACUGAGUUACAGUUCAUAUAAGGAAUUCUGUCAAUUAAAAUAAAUAAAUUAGGCCCUAAUAUAUGGAUUUCACACGACUGGGAAUACAGAUAUUGGUCACAGAUAACUUUUUUUUUUUUAAGGUAGGGGCGUGGAUCAGAAAACCAGUCAGUAUCUGGUGUGACCACCAUUUGCCUCAUGCAGCACGACAUCUCCUUCGCAUACAGUUGAUCAGGCUGUUGAUUGUGGCCUGUGGAAGGUUGUCCCACUCCUCUUCAAUGGUUGUGCAAAGUUGCUGGAUAUUGGCAGGAACUGGAACACGCUGUCCUACACACAGAUCCAGAGCAUCCCAAACAUGCUCAAUGGGUGACAUGUCUGGUGAGUAUGCAGGCCGUGGAAGAACUGGGACAUUUUUAGCUUCCAGGAAUUUUAUACAGAUCCUUGCAUUAUCAUGCGGAAAUAUGAUGUGAUGGCGGCGGAUGAAUAGCACGACAAUGGGCCUCAGGAUCUCGUCACGGUAUCUCUGUGCAUUAAAAAUUGCCAUCGAUGAAAUUUUAUGUUUGUUGUCUGUAGCUUAUGCCUGCCCAUACCAUAACCCCACUGCCACCAUCGGGCACUCUGUUCACAACGUUGAAGUCAGCAAACCGCCAUACACGUAGUCUGCAGUUGUGAGGACGGCUGGACGUACUGCCAAAUUCUCUAAAACAACGUUGGAGGCGGGUUAUGGUAGAGAAAUUAACAUUAAAUUAUCUGGCAACAGCUAUGGUGGACAUUCCUGAACUCAGCAUGCCAAUUGCACGCUCCCUCAACUUGAGACAUCUGUGGCAUUGUGUUGUGUGACAAAACUGCACAUUUUAGUGGCCUUUUAUUGUCCCCGGCACAAGGUGCACCUGUGUAAUGAUCAUGCUGUUUAAUCAGCUUCUUGAUAUGCCACACCUGUCAGGUGGAUGGAUUAUCUUGUCAAAGGAGAAACGCUCACUAACAGGGAUGUAAACAAAAUUGUGCACAAAAUUUGAGAGAAAUAAGCUUUUUGUGCGUGUGGAACAUUUUCUGGGAUCUUUUAUUUCAGCUCACGAAACAUGGGACCAACACUUUACAUGUUACGUUUUUAUAUUUUUAUUCACCAUAGACCAUAUACCCUUUCCACACUGCUGAGCAGAGCCAACUGUACUGGUGCUGGCCUGGUUAUACAGCAUAUCCACCAUAGUUGCCGGAACCGGGUUGGAGAGGACAACGUGAAAACAACAAAAUGUCCAUGCCAACACAGUACAGUUGGCACAGGGUUGGCACGAUGGCACGAAAAGGCCAUUCGUAUGAAUCAGUGUGAACCACAGAGCCACUACUACAGCAUGCGUGGGUAUGGUUAUUACUAAGCAGAUCACAGAAAGUCCAUCUGCUCUUCCUACAGGAUUGCAUUGUGAUUUUUGUAUUUUAUUGACACAAAGUGCCUGACACAAUAGAGCCUGGUUAGCCUUUUGAAUUGAGGUCUCAUAGUAUCUGCGUCCCAAAUGGCACCCUAUUCCCUAUAUAGUCCCUAUGGGCCCUGGUCGAAAGUAGUGCGCUACAUGGAGAAUAGGGUGCCAUUUGGGACGUCGCCCCAUGCUUCCAGGACGUGCAGCUUCAAGUCGGAGCGACUGAAUUCAGAAUAACCAGAGCAGCACAGAAACACAAGUCAUAUAUUAUACAGCUGUCAGAGAUGAUAAACGCAUGCUUUUCCAUUACACAAUCUUUGGGAACACUACCUAUUUGGUGCGUGUGUGUGUUGUGAUGCCCUGUGUGACUGCCUGCAUAGCUCUCUGGCCAUGGAUUUGUAAUCCUCCUGUCAGCAGAGCAAGGUUGUUUUCCCAUUGGCACCCUAUCACAUAGGGCUCUGAUCAAAAGUAGUGCACUAUGUAGGGAAUAGGGUGUAAUUUGGGAUGCAGACAUAGAUCUGUUUGGCUGCUUUGGCAUCAGAAUGGAAAUUGUUCAAAAAUCGUUGACAAAGUAAGAACAAGAAGUGAGAAGUCUUGGGAGGCAUGUUGAUUUAUUGUGUAUUAAGUGAUGGGUUGGUAGCAGCCAGUUGGAUUGUUAAGUGUUGUCUGUCCUCAUCUUGACAUGGCCUGGUAGAGCAGCGAGUUAUGGCUGGGUCAUCUGGUAUUAUACGCCUGGUAGAGCAGCGAGGUAUGGCUGGGUCACCUGGUAUUAUACGCCUGGUAGAGCAGCGAGGUAUGGCUGGGUCACCUGGUAUUAUACACCUGGUAGAGCAGCGAGUUAUGGCUGGGUCAUCUGGUAUUAUACACCUGGUAGAGCAGCGAGGUAUGGCUGGGUCACCUGGUAUUAUACACCUGGUAGAGCAGCGAGGUAUGGCUGGGUCACCUGGUAUUAUACGCCUGGUAGAGCAGCGAGGUAUGGCUGGGUCACCUGGUAUUAUACACCUGGUAGAGCAGCGAGGUAUGGCUGGGUCACCUGGUAUUAUACACCUGGUAGAGCAGCGAGGUAUGGCUGGGUCACCUGGUAUUAUACACCUGGUAGAGCAGCGAGGUAUGGCUGGGUCACCUGGGAUUAUACACCUGGUAGAGCAGCGAGGUAUGGCAGGGUCACCUGGUAUUAUACACCUGGUAGAGCAGCGAGGUAUGGCUGGGUCACCUGUUAUUAUACACCUGGUAGAGCAGCGAGGUAUGGCUGGGUCACCUGGUAUUAUACACUUGUUUUGUUUAUAUAACAUAAAUAUCUCACUGUUGUUUUAUAUUUGAUAUUCACUUUGUCUAGCUCCUAUGACAAGUGUGGAUGUACAUGGCUAAACCCUGUCCUUAUGUUCUUGCUGAUCUCCAGGUGAAGACAGAGACGGCUGCUGACCUGACUGUUCUCCAUGGGGAGGCGAGCCAGAGGACCACAGAGCAGCACGAGAGACAGCUGGAAGGCAAGACUAGAGCUGUGAAAUAACUUCUGGAGAUCUAGAUCUAAUAACCAAAGACUAGAGCUGUGAAAUAACUUCUGGAGAUCUAGAUCUAAUAACAAUGUUGAUUCUGUUGUGUUGGAACUGGAAUGUUUUUUUUCUGUUGGUUCUAGAAUGAGUAAUCAUUGACUGAUGUUAUCCCGGUUCUAGAAUGAGUAAUCAUUGACUGAUGUUAUCCCGGCCCGUAGAAUUACAUAUAGAAUCCCUGUUAUCCCCCACAGAACUGCAGGGGAUACACAGUGAAGAGACGACACGGCUAACAGCCACCCACCAGGCAGCUGAGAAAGUGUUGAAGGUGUGUUUAGUUGUCUUUUUUAACUUAUUCAGCAUUUUAUCCAUUUUGAUCCUUGUUUUUAUUUACUGUGGUCCCUUACCUACAAACUGUGUAAUAGGAAGUACAGGACUGACCAGUAGGUUUUAUUUUGAAGGACGAGGUAGAAGAGCUGACUGCAGAGCUCCAUGUGUACAACGAGUUAAAGAAGAGAGUUGAGGAGUCUACCUUCAAGAAGGACCUGCAGCGGAACAUUCAGGUGUGUGUGUGUGUGUGUGUGUGUCUGCACAGUGGGUCUGUUUCUACAUGGUGUGUGUGUGUGUGUGUGUGUGUGUGUCUGCACAGUGGGUCUGUUUCUACAUGGUGUGUGUGUGUGUGUGUCUGCACGGUGGGUCUGUUUCUACAUGCUGUGUGUGCAUGAUCCCAUAACCAGUUCACUUAGUUGGACUGUUGCUUUAGACAUCUGGUCUAAAGGUGCUCAGUUAGUAGGCUGUUAAAUUUUUUUAAUCUUAAUUUCUCUCCCCUAUGGGAAGAAAGAGACGAAAGAAGAGACGAGAAAAGAAAGAAAGAGAGAGAAAGGAGAAAGAGAGAGAAGAAAGAAAGAGAGAAGAAAGAAAUAGAGAGAAGGAGACCUUCUCCCAUCCUAACUCUCUCCCCUCCCCUCUCUCCUCGCUACCCUCCCUCUCUAUCCUCCGUCCCCUCCCUCUCUCUCUCCCUCCUCUCUCUCCUCCCUCCCCCUCUCUCCACUCCCUCCCUCUUUCUCUCCCUCUCCCUCCCUCUCUCUCCCCUCCCUACCUCUCUCUCCAGGCCCAUGGCAGCCCUGGGCCGUUCUGGGAGCGGGAGCAAGAGAGUCUGCUGUUUGUCAUUGAGAUGAAGAGUGAGCGUAUUCAGGAGCAGGGGAACAGACUGCUCCAGAUGCAGUCUCUGGUAGGGAACAGGGACUGGGACUGGGGACUGGCUGACAGACUAGUCCAGGCACCUGUCUCUUAGAGAUUUCUCCUAGUCAAAUUCAAGUCAAACUUUAUUUAAAGUCCCGGUCUCAAUACACUUUACAGAGGAAAUAAAACAGAAACAAGAAAUCUGAGGUGCUCUGCGCUGUCAAUAAAUACAGUUGAAGUCGAAGUUUACAUACACCUUAGCCAAAUACAUUUAAACUCAGUUUUUCACAAUUCCUGACAUUUAAUCCUAGUAAAAAAUUCCCCGUCUUAGGUCAGUUAGGAUCACCACUUUAUUUUAAGAAUGUGAAAUGUCAGAAUAAUAGUAGAGAGAAUUAUUUAUUUAAGCUUUUAUUUCUUUCAUCACAUUCCCAGUGGGUCAGAAGUUUACAUACACUCAAUUAGUAUUUGGUAGCAUUGCCUUUAAAUUGUUUAACUUGGGUCAAACGUUUCGGGUAGCCUUCCACAAGCUUCCCACAAUAAGUUGGGUGAAUGUUGGCCCAUUCCUCCUGACAGAGCUGGUGUAACUGAGUCAGGUUUGUAGGCCUCCUUGCUCGCACACGCUUUUUCAGUUCUGACCACAAAUGUUCUAUAGGAUUGAGGUCAGGGCUUUGUGAUGGCCACUCCAAUACCUUGACUUUGUUGUCCUUAAGCCAUUUUGCCACAACUUUGGAAGUAUGCGUGGGGUCAUUGUCCAUUUGGAAGACCCAUUUGCGACCAAGCUUUAACUACCUGACUGAUGUCUUGAGAUGUUGCUUCAAUAUAUCCACAUAAUUUUCCUUCCUCAUGAUGCCAUCUUUUUUGUUGAAGUGCACCAGUCCCUCCUGCAGCAAAGCACCCCCACAGCAUGAUGCUGCCACCCCUGUGCUUCACAGUUGGGAUGGUGUUCUUCGGCUUGCAAGCAUUCCCCUUUUUCCUCCAGACAUAACGAUGGUCAUCAUGGCCAAACAGUUCUAUUUUUGUUUCAUCAGACCAGAGGACAUUUCUCCAAAAAGUACGAUCUUUGUCCCCAUGUGCAGUUGCAAACCGUAGUCUGGCUUUUUUAUGGCGGUUUUGGAGCAGUGGCUUCUUCCUUGCUGAGUGGCCUUUCAGGUUAUGCCGAUAUAGGACUUGUUUUACUGUGGAUAUAGAUACUUUUGAACCUGUUUCCUCCAGCAUCUUCACAAGUUCCUUUGCUGUUGUUCUGGGAUUGAUUUGCACUUUUUGCACCAAAGUACGUUCAUCUCUAGGAGACAGAACGCGUCUCCUUCCUGAGCGGUAUGACGGCUGCGUGGUCCCAUGGUGUUUAUACUUGCGUACUAUUGUUUGUACAGGUGAACGUGGUACCUUCAGGCGUUUGGAAAUUGCUCCCAAGGAUGAACCAGACUUAUGGAGGUCUACAAUUUUUUUUUCUGAGGUCUUGGCUGAUUUCUUUUUGAUUUUCCCAUAAUGUCAAGCAAAGAGGCACUGAGUUUGAAGGUAGGCCUUGAAAUACAUCCACAGGUACACCUCCAAUUGACUCAAAUUAUGUCAAUUAGCCUAUCAGAAGCUUCUAAGGCCAUGACAUCAUUUUCUGGAAUUUUCCAAGCUGUUUAAAGGCACAGUCAACUUAGUGUAUGUGAACUUCUGACCCACUGGAAUUGUGAUACAGUGAAUUAUAAGUGAAAUAAUCUGUCUGUAAACAAUUGUUGGAAAAAUUACUUGUUUCAUGCACAAAGUAGAUGUCCUAACCGACUUGCCAAAACUAUAUUUUAACAAGAAAUGUGUGGAGUGGUUGAAAAACAAGUUUUAAUGACUCCAACCUAAGUGUAUGUAAACUUCCGACUUCAACUGUACUCUGUGUUAUAGUUUCACGAAGUCUGUGAAUUUCAACAUGUCGUCUUCACCACCCUGAUUGCUGAUAGGGUCCUUACUUUUUUAUUUCUACCAAUUCAGGUGGAGAAGAAUCUCUCUCUAGAAGACCAGGUCAUAAAUGUUCUACAGCAGAAUGAGGACCUGAGGGUUCGGAUCGACAACUAUCAAAGCCUUGUACAGUAAGACCUGCUGCUGCUUAUCAUAUGAUAUCCACACCCUCUCUGUCUCUGUUGGUAACAGUCAGUUACCCUGGAGUUGUUGGUAACAGUCAGUUACCCUGGAGUUGUUGGUAACAGUCAGUUACCCUGGAGUUGUUGGUAACAGUCAGUUACCCUGGAGUUAAUGUUGUUAGGUCUGUACCAGGAAGUCACAUUGUAGAAUACAUGGCAACAAGGCUGUAAAUAGAUGAACAAACUUAACAAGUUCUGUUCAAGCAAACUCAAAUGUAGGAAACGGCAAUGGCAUUUACAUAAGAUGUGAAUGUGGCGCCACUUGGUGGAGAAAGUGGUAGGGAUAUUUCUUAAAGGAAGCCAGUUAUGGCUGUUUACUUUAGUGUAAAAGUUAAAUUCAAUCAUCUGAACUUGUGUAAUUUCUAUAGCUGCUGGAUGGCUUGUUGGUGCUACUUCUACACAUGUAGGAUUUUGAUGAAGAAUAGUGAUUUUAGGUCAGCAAAGGAUUGAUUUAAAAAGUGCUUUGCUUUGUAGCUCAUUAUAAAUGUAUUUCUGUCCUAAACUAUCAAUGUUGUUAUAUGUGUUCUCUUCUAUUAUCUACCCUUCCCUGUGCUCCUGUCUGUAGGCAGCUCUCCAAGGAGCACCAGGACCUCCAGGGGGCGUUAGACAGGCAGACAGGUCUCAGUCAGAGGCUCACCCAGGAGAAAGAGCAACUCGUGUUUAAACUGAAGCACAGAGACUCCUGUCCUACCUUCUCUUCCUUCCCCAUAGUGUCUGAGGUCUUCCCCAGCUGAUCCACCCAUGUUUAAACUGAAGAAACACAGAGACUCCUGUCCUUCCUUACCCAUAGUAUCUGAUCCACCCAGACCGAACAGGGCAAUCAGUUACCUUUCUCUUAAUCCUGUCUAGGGUUGCAAGCAUGGAGCCUGAAUCCGGAAACUUUCCCCAAAUUCUGAAAGAAUUUUUUUCAGAAAUCCCUGCUUGGUGGAUUCCAAGAAUCAGGAAGGAAUACGUAAGGAGGGAUUCCUCCAACCUGAAAUACUUACUUUCUGAAAAAGCAGGGGAUUUUGGGAAUGUUUUGGGACUUACUUUUGCAACCCUAAUCCUACUUUUGACAACCAAAGUCCAGGUACCUUUACAAAGGGCUAUAGUCACAUGUUUGAUGGAACAUGAUGCCAAAUUAAUGUUUUUUUAUUUGUGUUAUUGUCCAGUUUUAUACCUGCUGUGCCUUUACAGUACCUAAUAUUUGUAUAUCAGUAUGGUGUUCAUACAACAGGACUGUUUUUUAGGGGGUGGGCAUAGCCACGGGCUGUUGGACUUAACUGACACCAGCUGUUCAACUGAGAUUCUUAUUCAACUGACAUUCUCACAGUAAUGUUACUGUUCAACUGAGAAUAUUCUAGGUGAACGUGACAGUGUUCACGUUGAUGGUUUAACUUGCAGAUGUUCAAUCGUGUGGUACAUAGCUAGUAGCUACAAAGUGUUUUGGAUCUACCUUCCUCCUGAGAAAACUAUUACGUCUGUCAAAAAAGGUUUUACGUCACUCGAUAUGGAAUAAACGUUACAGAAUAUAAUGCAGUAAUACAAUUUAAACAGUUGCUAAAGGCAACUGCUUUUGUAUUGAGAUGUGUUUAACCUUUUUGUUUCAUAGAGUAUGGAAAUAGAUUGUUAUUAACUUCUAAAGAACCAAAAGCAUUUCUGUGUUUUUAUUUUUAUAUAUUUUUUCUUCUGAUGCACUAGCACUUUUAAUCAGUAUUUUUACUAGUACUAAAUGUGAGAGGUCGUUGAAGUAGUUUUUUUGUUACUCUUGCGUUUACUCCUUUUGUUUUACAUUUUUGUUUGUUUACAUUUACAUUUUAAUCAUUU